AUGUGGCAGGUGGCCGUGUUGACACGAUUUGAGGCGCUGCAAGCGUUCCUGUCCAGCAACGAGUGCGAGAACAUCAAGUUUGCGCUAUUCGACCAGCACACGGCAAACACUCGAGUCAAUGCUGAAACUAUUCAAGAAUCGACUAUGGCCAUUAGCCACAAGGCAUAUACAUCCAUUACUAUGGGCGGCAGCGACUCGGUUUCAUCUCGAGCGAAGUGGAAGCUUGACGGCGCGAUGAUUGACAAACUCACAUCGGCGGGCAAUACUAAAGCGGGCAUUACGCUUAAUUUUCUGGAAACUAGGUUAGCCAAUUUGCGCUUCUUUGCUCGCGGCAAACGUGGCGUCUUGUAUGCGGGUGAACUGCGCUUGAACAACACGCCAGUGGUGGUGAAACUUGCGGUUGAUGCGACUUUUGUUGCCUCCGUGACAGUGGAGGCACGUUGGCUUCGAGUGGUGAACCGCAUGGGAAUUGGUGCAAAGUUGAUCGAUGCUGCCGAUGGCUGGUUUCUGUGCGAGCGACUUGAAGGCAAGAACGUGGUGGAGUUUUUAGACCAAAGCAAUAAGGUUGUUACGCCAGCCAAUGCCGUUUGGGUCGUUCGUGAAAUGCUGUGCCAGUGCUUUGCCAUGGACCUCAUGGGGGGUGAAUAA